AGAAUUUUCAGCUCGAGCCUCACGCGUGCAAACCAGCGCUGGCUGCUCUGGAAAACCCAGCGCCGGGCCACACCGCCAUCUACGACCACCACCGCGCCCACGCGUUCUCCGCCUGCAGCCGCGUUCGACGUUCAGCGAUGAGGUGUGGCAACGUGUCACUCGAGGAGACCCCACUCGAGGAGUUGGCUCGCUCGCUGCGGACAGGCGGAUGGACCAGUCACUUGAAGAUGGAACAGGCCACGACAGAGCCCUCCUUCCCCAUGUACACUUUGCCAGCGGAGAAGCUUCUGCAGAUGUCGCAGAUCCAACCGCACGAGGAGCUCUUAGCCGCUGGAGCUCUGACCAUCUAUGAGGAGCGCUUGGGAAGGGCAGCCUUUGUGUCGCACCAGUGGGUUGGAAAAGGACAUCCAGAUCCGGAGUUCAAGCAGAUGAGGGUCUUGCAAGACACCUUGAAGAACUUGUUAUCGGGCGAGAGCGAAGUCUCCGUGGACUUGAUCACGGAAGCCGUCUACUUCAGAUCCACAGGCUUGACAGCUGCGGAGUGGCAGGAGAAGCCGCUGUUUCUUUGGUACGACUACUUCUCCUGCCCGCAACUGGAGGAGAAGGGUGACGCUUGUUCCAACCACCUACAAAUGGCCAUCGACAGCAUUCCGGUGUAUGUGUCCCGUUGCGACUUCUUCAUGGCACUGUGCCCAGUGCUCAGCAGCCCUGAUGGCACGGAGACCUUUAGUGACUACACCUGGGGCGAUCGUGGCUGGUGUCGCGUGGAGCAGUUGGUGCGCGACCUCACGGUGAAUCAAGGUUCUUGGAUCUUGGUCAAGAGCGCCAUGCACCAAGAGUUGAAAGUCUCGCAGUUGAGCAGCAGCUCCCCAGGGGAGGGACGCUUUACUGUGGAGAAGGACUGUGCACGAGUCGCAGUCGUACUUCAAUCGAUCCUGCAAAAGAAGCUCAUCAUGUGCCUGGCAGCGGGCGAUUUGGUGCAAUAUCGGUUCUUAUUAAAUCAGCAGACCGCCUUCCUGCGGAACUUGCCGGUGGAAAAGGUGCAGAGCUUGGUGCCAGGUGAGUGCCAGGGUGUGCUUGAAGACUUUUUGCGCCAGAACGGAUUCCGAAAGGCGUUGGACCGGGAUGCUGCAGGAUGGUCGCCCUUGUGCUAUGCCAGCAUGAAUGGAGAUCCCAAUCUCAUCCAGGCGCUGCUGGAGGCCAAGGCCAGUCCCAACGACCUGACCCAGAAGCCACGUUCCGAAGUGAACAUGGAUAAGAACACCUCGGUCCUAGCGAUCUGUGCCAAGUUUAAGAACCACGAGGCGAUGCAGGUGCUUCUGAACGCCAAGGCGGAAGUCAACACCAAGGCUGUGCAUACGCCUUUGGGCAUGUCCUGCCUGGUGAACGAUCCCCAAGGAGUGCGGCUCCUGUGUGACGCUCGGGCGGAUCCACACAAGAAGAACCCCUUCGGAGAUCAUGCGUUGAACAUGGCUGCAGCCAGUGGAGCAUCGGCCGCGGUUGAAGCUUUGCUCAAAGAUCCAAAGGACUUUGAUCUGUCCUUCACGCUCCAUAAUGCGGUGAUGCUGCAAGGUGGCUCCAGUCAGGUGGUAUCAGCCCUCAUUGCAGCUGGAUGUGAUGUGGAUGCGCCCUACUUACAGCCCAUCAUGAGUUUGGUCGGGAUUGUGCAUCGCGUCAAGGGUUUGCAAUACCGGUUCCAAAAGCCGACGAUGAUGCGGCGCAUGGCAUACCACAGCCGUGGUGCGACGCCAUUGAUGCUGGCGAUUAUUUGUGGCAACUUCGAAGCUGCCGCCACUUUGCUAGCGGAACGUGCCAGGACGGACUUGCGCAACUUCCGGGGUAAGACCGCCCUGGACCUGGCGCACGAACUCAGUGUACCAGAUUACCUCAUGGAUGCCUUGAACGGGGUCAGCUGCCGGAAGUGCUGGUCCAUCGUUUCAGCCGCAAACUCCAAGAGCCUCAACCCUGUGAUCCCCAGCGAAGGAUCCAUCGGUGCUCGCUCGAUGAAGUCCUGGCACUUCUGAGCGUUUUGUACCGGUCGCUUUUGGGUAGUGAGGAGUCGAUUUGUUUUUAAAGAGUUUUGAAGAUUUUGCGUCUUGGUUGACGCGAAAGCCGUGGAGUUUUGCGGUGAAAAUCAUGUUUUUUUACCCAAGAUGAGCUAGGGAAGUCAGGCUUGGGCAAGAAGAUCUUGCAAAGCAGACUCGCUUGGAGUCUUCAUGGUCCUUGAUGAUUCCAGGAUCGAAGAGAUGAAGGGGCUGGGUGGCCCUUAUGGGAAGCCUUUCGGAGCUCCUUUUUUUUCGGAGUCUCCGACGAAGAGUCUAAGGGUCUUUGCUUGGAAACUGAACCAUUGACUGCUAUACGGUUUUGG